UAACCGACAGGACGAAAACGAAAACAAAACCAAAGAUGAACUACGGUCGUUCACUUAUCUCAUUUUAUUAUCUGCUUUUGAUAGCGUUGUCAGUUGUUAAAACUGUCGCACAAACAUGCGAAAAGCUCACAUCUUGCAGCUGCAAAGCUGGUGAAUUCACAUUCAGUUUAUCUCAACUUAAAUUCCAAAGCUUGAGUAUAACGAAUGGGAGCUACACAUAUGUCUACCAACCCUGUGGAACAGUUACAUGUGGAGGGAUAAAUACUGCUGCUAUAUGUCAGAGAAGUAAUGUUCAGUCGGCCUUUUAUGAUGUUGGGGAUGGAGACACUGCUGCCUUCACGGGAAGUCCCUUAAACAACACCCUUGUUCUAACCUUCACAAGUGAUCAAAGAACAUCGAACAUUAAAAUCAGUUGUAACCGACGUGAACAAAGCAAAUUUACACAUGUGAAUGAAGAUCCACCAAACACCUAUACCUUUGUCUUGGAGACUCCAUUUGCCUGUACCUCUCCGGAACCACCCACACCCAAACCCAAACACAAUCUGAGCACAGGCUCUGUCUUACUUAUAAUCUUUUUCGUGUUCCUUCUCGUGUAUUUCGUGGUUGGCAUCUUGUUCCUGAAGUUUGUCAGAAGAGCCAUCGGAACUGAAGCCAUACCAAACUAUGAGUUCUGGUCGUCUCUGCCGGGAUAUAUAAAGGAUGGUGUCACAUUCACAUGCCGAGGAUGUAAAUCAGAGUCAUCUUAUUCCCAAAUUUGACCAGACCUUCACAUUACUGCAUUAUCGCUGGGCACCAUCCAAUCCACAGGGAAGCUAUCUUUAACCACUCAUCUUGAAGAUCUUCCAUUUUACUCCCUGAUAUUACCUUAUUUUUUUUAAAUGCAUAUUGUCAUGUGGAUUUUUAGCUCAUCUGUGUUGGAUUUUUUUGAGGAAAAAAGGAGGAGGUAUUUUCAUAGCCUUGGUGUUGUUGUCAUUAGGGUGGUCACCUACUUCUUUGUUGUUUAAACACUUUGACCUUCGCAAUAACUCAAAUCCAUUUAAGAUAUUCAUAUGAAACUUGGUACAUAUAUGGACAGAGACAUUAGAUUUGACUUACUUUAAUGUAGAGUUAAGCAACUUUUUCUGCUUUAUGAUAACAGAAAAGUGUUGGAGUUCACAAAAAACCAUGCUUGGCACUUUUGUUUUGUAUCUUAUGAUGACUUGAAAAAGACUCUUUUAAUAUAACAUGCCAAGGAUAUUUUUUUUAUAUAUAUUUGUGCUACUGCACGGUUUAUUUGAUAAUGGGUGUCAUUAACGUGCUGCUGUAAGUCAUACAAGUUUUAUCCAUAUUGCAAACUGAAAAUGAAAGUAGUCCAAUUUUGUACUGAAACCAUAGUAUUGAAGAGUCUCAGGAGCCCAUUUCAAUUAUGAUCUUAGUUGAUCUGAGUCAUUGACUGAAAUCAUCUUAGUAACAUAUUUAUGUUAUUUUGCUACAUUUUUGCUUUAUAAUAACAGAAGAGUGUUGGCUAAUAUCAAGAAUGAAUACAAAGUUAAUUAAAUAAAAAAAUUGUCUUCUUGACAUUUGCGAAUUCUUAACAGAUUUAAGAUUAUUGAAGUUGCAAUUCAGAUUGAUUUUAUUGUAAAUUUUGUUAUGUAAUUAUUUUGUUCUGCUUGCAUAAAUAAUGUUAUAUGUUUGCAUUACAUGUAAUAGGUUUGGAAAAUAUCUUUGAUGAUCAGACCCCAAUUUCUCGAAACGUAAUAAGUCCCUAAUAACAGGAUUAAGCUAAGCUCACUGUUUUUGUUUUUCAAUAAUUUGUGUGAUAUUUACUUCUUUUUUAUACUUAAGAUAGGAAUUAUUUUUAGGAUAAUCACAAAUAACCAUUUUUCAUUUUGUCAAAAAUCAAUUUAAGUAUGUAUUUUGACUAAUUGAAAUAAGCUACUUAAGCCAUUUUAAGCUUAAGAAGUUUUGAGAAAUUGCGGCCAGUUCAUAUUUUUCAAUUAAUGUUCCAAUGAUUUUUCAUUGCAUUAAGUCUUAGGGUUGUCAAAUGUCUUCAGUGUAUCAAUUUUAGUGAUUUCAUUUUAAGGCUUGUUCAUCCAAGCCCCAAUAUUACGAAAAUACUCGAGUCGAAUCUCAAUCUCAAAAUGUUUUACUAAUUUUAAGAGCACAUAAUCUUGUGCAUUAUGUUCAUUAACACAUCAUUGCUCAAUAUUCUAUUUUUAAAAAAUGUACUGGAGUAAAACUCAAAAAUAAAUUGGACUGAAGUGCUAUUUUUGCUCUCAAAUAAUUGUUGUUUUUAUCAUCAUAAUCUAUCAGGACUAUUCCAUUUAAACAUAAAGCCCCCGUGGGGAAGGCACUUUUAAAUUAUGCCAUCCCCCUACACUAUAUACUAUUUAAAUAAUUGCCUUCCCCUCGGUGAUUGUAUGUUUUGCUGGAAUAGCCCUGAGUGAAUGCGAUUAAUAGUUAUACAAAUACAAUUUUUAAUCAUAUGAUGCGGUUAUGUGAUUAAACGAGUUGAGUUUGAGAUUGAGGUUUGAAUAUUUUUGUGAUAUUAGGGCCGGUUCUUCAUGUCAGAACUUUUAGAUCGCCAUUAAUACUACAUGUAAAAAGUUGUUUUCAUUUUUGUUGCAUCUUAUUGAGCUUUCAAAUUCUUGGGUAUUUGGUGCUUUAUUUGUUAACAUAUUGUGCCUUAUAUAAUCCUAUUGAACAAUAUUGAAAGGCAAGCCAAACAUAUAAACUUUAACAUAUAACAUUAACAUAUAAACCCCUAAUUAGCACAAACUCAGUAAUGAGACCACCUUGCUAUUAAGACCAUUUUCUCAAAGUCCCAUAGGUGCUCUGAUUAGAGGGGUUUUACUGUACAAGAAAUGAGGACUUUUUUUUGUCGAAUCUCUUCUAUUGAACAAAAUAAUGUAUUUUGAAUCUCUACAUAAUCUUUUUAUUUUCAAAGUAAAAUUUAUUGCUAGAGUUGAAUGUAUCAAAGCAAUAUAUUUUUAAAAAAAAUGAAUGUGCUUGAUUGAUAUGGGGAUUUUUGAAAGAGUUAGAGUUUGUAUUUAAUUUUUUGAUGAUUAUUUCAUUAAUAUUGUUUUUACUAUGUUGACAAUUAUUUGAUCAAUUAUUCAUUCAUCUUAAUCGAAAGUAUACAGAUAUUUUAUUAAUUUUGGUCUGAAACAACAACAACAACAACAAUAAUGCCACUUGAAACCAAGAUUAUAUAUUACUCGUAUUUGAUCGCAAACCUUUACCAAAGGCUGCUUUGAAACCUUGCACAUCUUUGUACAACACUGUCAUACAGUCAAAACUUGCUAUGUCGAAGUCGUUGGAACCUCGGAAAAUGAUUCGAAAUAACAAACAUUAGACGUAACCAUAAUACAAAACAUGUCUUAUUUAACCAAUCAUGUCUAGAAAAAGUUUGACAGAACCAGAACUUUUGAGAUUACAGAGUUCGACAAAGCAAGUUUCGACUGUAUUUUGUUUUAUGUUAAUUCGAAAGUUUGACCAAAGUGUACAUGUAUUCAAGCCCAUCAUGUUCACAGAAUGUACAUGUUUUACCUGGGAUCAUUUUAGCCUAAUCCCAGAUUGUAUUAAUACUUCAUCAUGUUCAUGGCAGUACAUAUUUGAUACAAAUACAUAUAACAUGUUGGUAAUGUGUAACCGACAUUGCAACCUUCACAUCUGAAUAUUUUAAGUCAUCUAUAAUUUGCGAAAGCUGUCAUUUUCUAAAAUUGUUAUUUCGAAAUAUGUUAUUUCCAAGAAAAAAAAUCUGGGUCCCAAUGAUUUUAGAUUAACAGUGUUUAAAUGUAAAUGUAUAUAAAAUAAUAUUGAUUUUAGAAAGAAAUAGUUAUGCAAAGCAAUAGAAAAUAAACUGCCUUUUGCCAUAUGAUCAUAACUUCAUAAGUAUGUUCUGUCAUGGUGACACUGACUGAAACAUUGACUUCUGUGUUGUAAAGUGAGCACAGUGGCUGAGCAUUUUUUCCCAGAAAUCCAUGUUUUUUGGUGUAAAUGAACUCGGGAAUAAAUCUUUGCUAAGAUACACUUCAUCACCGACCUACAAUGUAUAAACCAUUCAUUUAUUGUUAAUAGGUCCAUGGCUUUAUUUAUUGAAUUACUGCUUUCGGUUGAUGAUUGUGAUGUUGUCUGUCCACUAAAGGGUUGUCUGAAAAAGCAGUUUUACUAAAAUUACUUGCAACAAAAGUAUAAUUUGUAUUGUAAUAAGUUUGCUUCGUUGCUCACUUUUCUGCCGAAACUUUGUAUUAUAUUGUAUAAUUUCUGUUUUUAAUUCUCACUGGCACACUAUUAUUAUAUACUUAGUAGUUUAUCUCUCAUUUUCCAUUUUAUUUGCAGUAAAUAGUAUAAGUCAUUCUCGUUCACUAGAGUGAUGAUGCUAUGCAUACCACAUUUGAUUGAUCAUUAUCAAACCUCUGAUGAAUGGGAAUGAGUAUAAGUUAGAUAAACGAAAAUACAUGUACUGCAAUGCACCCCAAUGCAAAUAAAUUUUGCGUCUAUCUCAGAAAAUAUUUUUAGUUUAUAUAUUAUGUUAGUUAGAGGACUAGAUUAAGAAAUGUUUGUCUUCUUAAUACCAGCUAUGCAUUCCCUGUUUAUUGCCUUGUUGUCAAAUCGGUCUGCCAAAUUGUAUAUCUAUUGUCUGUUGGCUAAUUAGGCCUGUGUUCAAAGAAAAAGGGGCAGUGACAGAGCUGGUUGAUGAUAACAAACACCAGUGGUCAAUACAGAAUAUCACCAAUAAACAACCAUGUAAAAUACUCUGGGUUUGGGUGGGGGCGUCACUUACAGAAGGCUUAAAAUAGACCUUUAUGAUUUACGAUUGUAUCUUUUUUUUAACAUAUUCAUGUAUUAUAAGUUGAACAUGUGUAUGUAAUUUUAAUCAGUUUUAUUAGUUGGUGUUAUUUUAAGCAGUUUUUCUUAUUUUUUAUUUAUACUAGGUAAAAUACCAGGUUCAUUAAUUGUUAAUGUUUGAUGACUAUAAUUAGUUCUGUAAGAUAUUAAAGACCAUCGGUAGAUAACAAACAUGAAACUAUAUAACUAAAUAUUUUCGCUGCAUAGAUCCACAUUUUUGUUUUAAAUGUUUACCAUAGUAUUGUAAUUCACUCAAACAUGCAUUUACUUCACAAUAAGGGAAUAUAUUUCGAAAAUGUAUUAUCAAAUGCUUAUAUAAUCCACUGGAUACUUGGACCACCGCCCUCUAACAAACGACCUCCAACAAGUGACUAGGUGGAGCUAGCUGGCCCUUAUUCGCAUUAUGUUUAUUGUUUGAGCUGAUUACCAAAUAGUCAGAUAAUAUCCAGGCCCCAUUUUCUCGAAACCACUUAAGCCUAACAAGUUGAAGUAGUUUAUUUCAUUAAGCCAAAGUUCAUACUUAUAAUCAUGGUUUUGCUAAAUAAAACAUACCUGGUGGUAGUGAGCAUAAAUAUAAUUUCCCUUUGAAGUCCAGAAACUGUUAAGAUUGUGACUAUUGCGCAAUUUGUGCCUAAACAAAACUAGUGAGCUUAGCUUCAUCCUGGUGUAAGGGGCUUAAGAUGUUUCGGGAAAUUAGGGCCAGGGUCAUCACAAGAUUGAACAUUGUAGUGACACCAAUAGUCCUAGCUGGUAUCUGAAUGCUGAACAUUAACUGAAGCUGCAAUUAAUUGAAAUACAUAGAUAGUUUUUAGUACUGUGUGAUAUAUAUACAUAUAUAUACAUAUAUAUAUUUAGGAUUAAUGAUUAUAUGCACUUUAUAUGAGAAUUGAAUGCACUACAUCACAUUUAUAGAUGACAUUCCGUUGGCAUUGAGCAUUGGUUUAAAAGUGAUCUGAUAGAUAUUGAAAAUGUGUUCGAAAUAUGAACGAUUGAUAUUUGCUUUCUAUUCUUUCAAUGUGUCUUAUGCUUAUUAUUAAUUUGAAUAAAACUAUUUUGUUAUGCA